CUUGCAAUGACACUUCUGUAGACACCGUGAGGCAUUUGAUUAUAUAAAUCAGGUACCUACAAUACGCGAUUUUAAAUCAUAGUAAUUAAUGAAAUCAUAAAAUGUUCGUUCACGAUAGUACAGUGCUAUGGAAGUUGGUGUCGGAGGCGUAUUCAACACAAGUUUUACUUGCAACAUCACUAGUGUUACUCGUCAUGAAAUUAAUCCAAGUUAUUAAACAAGAAUGGAAUCUACCCCCAGGUCCCUGGGGUUUGCCGAUAGUGGGCUCAAUGUGGUCUAUAAAAGGCAGCGAACUCCACCUAUAUUAUCAAGAUCUCGCCAAAAAAUAUGGACCAAUAUUCUCCGUCAGACUAGGCAGUCAAUUGUGCGUAGUUCUGAGUGAUCCCAAACAAAUAAGGGAAGUUUUCCGUAAAGAAGAGUUCACCGGCAGACCCACUAAUGAAUUCACAAACAUCUUAGGAGGCUACGGAGUAAUAAAUAUUGCUGGAGAUUUAUGGAAACAGCAACGUAGGUAUCUUCAUGCCAGUUUUCGUCGUUUUGGUAUGUCGUAUUUUAAUGCAAGAAAAGACCUCAUGGAAAAGCGUAUUAUGGACGAAGUUAAUAGUUGCAUCGGGUAUUUGAGAACAAUAGGAGGAAAACCAGUGGAUACGAGUGAAGUUUUUGCUGUUAACGUUUCCAAUGUUAUAUGUGGGAUGAUGAUGUCUGUUAAAUUCUCCCAUAAUGACGUACAAUUCAUUCGCUUUAUGAAUUUGAUUGAAGAAGGCUUCAGACUGUUUGGAUCAUUAGAAGUAGCCAAUUUCAUACCGACGUUGAGGAUUUUGCCUUUUUGUUUCGGAGGAGUUGUGGCGAAAAUCGAACAGAAUCGUGCGGAAAUGGCAGAAUACAUGCAAGAAAAAAUUGACGAUCACAAAAAAACUUUCGAUCCAGGCAAUCCAAGAGACCUUCUUGAUAUGUACGUGAAUGACGUUUCUUUGGCAAUGAAAGAAGGAAAUGUGGAUAGAUUAUUCCAUGGAAAAGAUCCCGAUCGUCAGAUCCAACAAAUCAUGGGUGACUUAUUUUCCGCUGGGAUGGAAACCAUUAAAAGUUCGCUUCAGUGGUCGAUCUUGUUCAUGUUGCACUAUCCAGAUGAAAUGAAAGCUGUCCAGGAAGAACUUGAUGAAGUAGUUGGACGUGGAAGAUUGCCGGCACUGGACGAUAUUUCCUAUUUGCCCAUUACAAAUGCCACCCUGAACGAAAUUCUCAGAAUUGCGAAUAUAGUGCCUCUGGGAACAACCCAUGCCCCUACUAGGGUCAUAAAGUUGGGAAAAUACACCUUGCCUAAGCAUGCGCAAGUUGUGCCCCUACUUCACUAUGUGCACAUGAACCCAGAUCUGUGGGACGAGCCAGAAAAGUUCAACCCUUCCAGAUUCAUCAGCUCAGAAGGUAAACUCUUGAAUCCAGAAUGCUUCUUACCAUUUGGAGAAGGCAGAAGAAAAUGUCUUGGUGAAGUUAUGGCUAGGAUGGAGAUCUUUUUAUUUUUCUCGUCGAUUUUACACUCCUUCGAUCUAUCUGUACCAGAGGACCAUCCAUUACCUAGCUUAAAGGGUAUCGCCGGUGUCACACUCAACCCAAAUGCUUUUAAAGUAUGCCUUAAGGAUAGACCCCUGAUUGGGUAUGCCAAUUAGACCGGUUGAUAGCAAUAACAUAGUAGAGAACAUUGAAAAUGGUUCAAAAAACGAAGUACAAAAAAAGAUAUAUGGCAAAUCAGUGCAUAUAUUAUUCAUUCGUUUGCCAAUCAAAGUGUUUUAACUUUGAUUACUUACCGAUAUUUAUUAUUACGGAACCCUGUAGGAGAGCACGGUUGAGUUUGUUUCCUAAUCGCUAACAGGGAUACAGUACUUAUACAUCAGACAUAUAUUUUUCACGAGAAAAAUCAGAUCUCCGAUUCAGGUCGGCUGUGCGAGUUUUAAAAUGUGUUCAAUAUCGUUUAUAUUAUUAGUCAGUAAAGUAAAAAGACUAGUCAAGCAUUUCAUCCCAUGUAACUCCAAACGCUGUUAAAGUACCUUUAAGUUUUUACCAUUUUGAAAAAAUAUUAUUUUUUAUUUAUUUCUUUCGUUACUCAUCUACCAGAAUAUACAGGUUUGGAGUAGCAUUUUCAUUUAUGUUACCAUCUAUUUACCAGACAAUUUGAUUAUUGAAUGUUUUUAGAGCUUCUUCAUCAUUAGAUGUUUGUCAUCCAUUUCCAUAUAAUAUUAGUGUUGUAUAUAUUCAUGCACAAAUCUUGCAUAUAUUGCAAUAGCAAAUUGUGUUAAGAUUAUAAUAUUAAGGUUAUUUUAUAUAAAUAUUAUUUUGACGCCUUUAUGAUGCGAAUAAAAUCAUAAUUGAA